GCAUGCGUAACCCUCCUCCUUCUCCCCGUGGCCCCCCCCAUCCGCCGGGCCCAGCGCAAGAUGUCGGCGCAGGGGGACUGCGAGUUCCUGGUGAAGCGCGCCCGCGAGCUGGUGCCGGGGGACCUGUGGGCGGCCAAGGCCUGGCUCAUCACGGCGCGGAGCCUCUACCCCGCCGACUUCAACAUCCAGUACGAGAUGUACACGAUAGAGAGGAAUGCCGAGCGCACAGCGUCUGCGGGCCGGCUGCUCUACGACAUGUUUGUGAACUUCCCCGACCAGCCUGCGGUGUGGAGGGAGAUCAGCGUUAUUACGGCGGCGUUACGGAACGACUCGCAGGACAAGCAGACGCAGUUUUUGAGAGGCUUAUUUGAAACCCUCCCUGGGCGAGUGCAGUGUGAAAUGUUACUGAAGGCCACAGAGCAAUGUUUUAACACCCUGGAGAGGGCAGAAAUGCUCCUGCUGCUUCUGCGACGCUUCCCAGAGACUGUGGUGCAACACGGGGUGGGCCUUGGGGAGUCAUUGUUAGAGGCUGAAAGUAUCGAGGACCAAGAAUCCCCAGUGAAUUGCUUCAGAAAGUUAUUUGUUUGUGAUGUUCUUCCUCUGAUCAUUAACAACCCCGAUGUUCGUCUUCCUGCCAGCUUGUUAUAUAAAUACCUGAAUAAAGCAGCGGAAUUUUAUAUUAACUAUGUAACUAGAUCUACGCAGACAGAAAGCCAGUAUCAAGGUUCGCAGGACUCCUCCGAUAUCCUGUCUCCAAGCAAGCGCAGCUCUCAGAAGUACGUGAUAGACGGCCUGACAGAGAAAUCCUCGCAGAUCACAGACCCCUGGGAGAGGCUGUUCAAAAUCCUGUCCGUCGUGGGGAUGAGGUGCGAGUGGCAAAUGGAUAAGGGACGAAGAAGUUUCGGUGAUAUUUUGCAUCGAAUGAAAGACCUGUGCAGAUACAUCAGCAACUUUGAUAGCGACGCACACGCUAAAUACAAGAAUCAAGUCGUGUAUUCCACGAUGUUGGUCUUCUUCAAAAACGCGUUCCAGUACGUCAGCAACAUCCAGCCCUCGCUCUUCCAGGGUCCAAAUGCGCCAAGCCAAGCCCCGCUGAUUCUUCUGGAGGACGUGCCCAACGUCUACGGCGACACCGACAUCGACCGCAACAAACACAUCCACAAGAAGAGGAAACUUGCCGAAGGAAGAGAAAAACCAAUGCAGAGCUCGGAUGACGAGGAUCCUGCUGGGAAGGCGCGGAGCCGCCACAUCACAGUGAACAAGGCAGACCUGGCGAACUCCAUUGAGGUGCUGGAGAGUUUCAAGCUGGCCAGAGAGAGCUGGGAGCUGCUCUACUCCCUGGAGUCUCUCGACAAAGAGUUCACCAGAAUUUGCUUGUCCUGGAAGACAGACACCUGGCUUUGGCUGAGGAUCUUUCUUACAGACAUGAUCAUCUACCAGGGACAAUACAAAAAGGCAAUUAGCAGCCUGCAUCACUUGGCAGCUCUUCAGGGCUCUCACUCUCCACAGCAAAUGACAGGACAAGGAUCCCUAGAGAAUCAGAGAGCGCUGAUCCAGUUAGCAACGUGCCACUUCGCCCUCGGGGAGUAUCGGCAAACAUGUGAAAAAGUGCUUGACCUCAUGUGCUGUAUUUUACUUCCGAUACAAGAAGGAGGGAAAGUACAAGAGGAGCAGCCUAAAGUCAAGUCUAAAUUCAGGAAAGGGUCUGACCUGAAGCUUUGGCCGUGCACCAGCAGAGCCAUCAUGCCGUACUGCCUGCACCUCCUCCUGGCGUGUUUCAAGCUGCGGGCGUUCACGGACAGCAGGGACGACAUGGCGCUGGGCCACGUGGUGGUUCUGCUGCAGCACGAGUGGCCGCGCGGGGAGAGCCUGUUCCUGAAAGCCAUCAACAAAAUCUGCCAGCAAGGAAACUUCCAGUACGAGAACUUCUUCAACUACGUCACGAAUAUUGAUAUGCUGGAGGAGUUUGCUUACUUAAGAACACAGGAAGGAGGGAAGAUUCAUCUGGAAUUGCUGCCAAAUCAAGCAAUGUUGAUCAAGACUUCUAGCCCUCCCCUGGGGUUGCUGCAGCAGGAAUUCAUACCUGUGCUACAGCCCAGCAUACAGACUGCUGACAGGCAUCACACAGUUACCCGGGGCAUCACUAAAGGAGUCAAAGAAGACUUCCGCCUGGCCAUGGAGCGCCAGGUCUCGCGCUGCGGGGAGAACCUGAUGGUGGUCUUGCACAGGUUCUGCGUGAACGAGAAAAUCCUGCUGCUGCAGACUCUGGCGUGAAUGGGCUGGCCCGAGAUGCAACGUGUCUUACGGAGAGAGGGGAAGGCUCUCAGUUGUACCAACAGCCUUUGGCAGGGAAAAAGUCACUUUCCAGAGAGUGAAAGAAGUUCUCUGGGAGUUACAGGUUCUGCUGUCCACAAACACUACUCAGUGUUUGUUCACCGCUUAGUUUUCUUACAUGGGUAGAUCAAACUUUAUAAAUAAAACUUUGUUUAAGAAGUA